AUGCCUAUGCAAUAUAAGCCAGCCGCUGAAGCACAACAAGCUAAACCACCUCAAAUUCCAUCCCCGGGUAACAAUUCAUUUUUGGGUGACAUUUUCACUUCUGAUGCUCCAAAAGACAAGCAGAUAUCCGCUGGAUUUUAUAGACAAGAAAAGGGAGAGCCGUUAGUGUACAAAUAUGAUUAUGAUGAAAUGAAAAUCAUUUUGGAGGUUGAAGGAGAAUAUACUUUGACUGAUGAAACUGGACAUAAGGUUUCGGUCUCUCCUGGUGAUGUAUUCUACUUCCCAAAGGGUACAACAAUCACUUUUGAAACUACCGGCUAUGGAUUAGCUUUCUUUACUGGUUUAAGACCAAAUGGUACAGCAUAA